AAGUGGGUGGGUGGGCAGAGUUCAAAGUCGGGAACGUGGAGCUACUGAGCUGUGGACACGGGCGGAAUGGACGCAUGUGGGGAGUCGCCGGGGUGGAGGGACGGUACAGAGUGGGGACGGUCCCUGGCCCCGGGAGCAGCUUGCACGGAAGCGGCCGAGCCCCAGACACAUCGGGCGGCCAGACCUGCGAGUCGGGGAGAGAGAGAGGUUGAGCCUGGACUCCUCGCGGAGGUGCCCUGGCGGAGCGGGGCGGGGGGUGGAGGGGGGUUAGCACCGGGUGUGAAGCUACGGAGAGACAGGAGAGAGGUCCCCAGGGAGAGGGACGCAGCCGAAUAGCUGCCGAAGUGCAGGGAUCGGGAGGUCCCGGACAGCAUCUUCCCGCCGCCUCCAGCCGGGGCAGCUGCGGAACAGCAGGGGGAGGAGCCACGGCCGCCGAAUCCGCCAACUAGAGGCGGGGAAGGCGGAGCUUGUGUCCCCGUAGCAGCCGAAGGCGCAGCCUGGACUUAGUUUUCCCGGAGAGAGGAGAGCAGGAACGCGAGAGGAGCGGAGCGGAGCGCAGUCCUCUGAGCAGCAGCUCCCGCAUCCCGCCAGAGCUUGCAGGUGUGUGGGAGGAUUGAAACUCUUCCAACAUGGCUUUCCUUGGGCUCUUCUCUUUGCUGCUUCUGCAAAGUUUGGCCGUAGGGACCACUUUCCCUGAUGAAACCAUUGCUGAGUUCUCGGUGACUAUGUAUAAUCACCUUCGAGCCACUGGAGAAGAUGAAAAUAUUCUUUUCUCUCCAUUGAGCGUCACCCUUGCUAUGGGAAUGAUGGAACUGGGGGCCCAAGGGUCUACCCUGAAAGAAAUCCGUCAUUCAAUGGGAUAUGACAGGCUGAAACACGGUGAAGAAUUUUCUUUCUUGAAGGAUUUUUCUAACAUGGUCACUGCUGAAAAGAGCCAGUAUGUGCUGAAAAUUGCCAGUUCCCUCUUUGUGCAAAAUGAAUUUCACAUCAAUGAUGAAUUUUUGCAAAUGAUGAAAAACUAUUUUAAUGCGGAAGUAAAUCAUGUGGAUUUCGGUCAAAAUAUUGCUGUGGCCAACCACAUCAAUAAGUGGGUGGAGAAUAACACAAAUAGUCUGUUGAAAGAUUUGGUAUCCCCAAGAGAUUUUGCUGCUGUCACUCAUCUGGCCCUCAUCAAUGCUGUCUAUUUCAAGGGUAACUGGAAGUCACAAUUUAGACCCGAAAAUACUAGAACCUUUUCCUUCACUAAAGAUGAUGAAAGCGAAGUCCAAAUUCCAAUGAUGUACCAACAAGGAGAAUUUUAUUAUGGGGAAUUUAGUGAUGGCUCCAAUGAAGCUGGUGGUAUCUACCAAGUCCUAGAAAUUCCAUAUGAGGGAGAUGAGAUCAGUAUGAUGCUGGUGUUGUCCAGACAGGAAGUUCCACUGGCCACUCUGGAGCCACUGCUCAAAGCGCAGCUGAUUGAAGAAUGGGCCAACUCUGUGAAGAAGCAGAAAGUGGAAGUGUACCUGCCCAGGUUCACAGUGGAACAGGAGAUUGAUUUAAAAGAUGUUUUGAAGGCUCUUGGAAUAACUGAAGUUUUCACCAAAAAUGCAAAUUUGACAGCCUUGUCUGAUAAUAAGGAGAUUUUCCUCUCCAAGGCAAUUCACAAGUCCUUCAUCGAGGUGAAUGAAGAGGGCUCGGAGGCUGCCGCCACCUCAGGAAUGAUUGCCAUUAGUAGGAUGGCUGUGCUGUAUCCUCAAGUGAUUGUGGACCAUCCAUUUUUCUUUCUUAUCAGGAAUAGGAAAACAGGAACAAUCCUGUUCAUGGGACGAGUCAUGCAUCCCGAAAUAAUGAACACAAAUGGACAUGAUUUCGAGGAACUUUAAAUCAUUUCGCUUAAAUAACAAGAAAAAUAGUAACUAAGCACAUUAUGUUUGCAACUGGCAUAUGUUUAAGGUUUGUGUUCUACAGUAUAGCUUAAGAUAAUAUUUAGAAUUAACUCCAGAUAAAAAUAAUGUAUGUAAAUUAUAAGCCAACUUGUCAAGGAAUGUUAUCAGUAUUAUUGAGGUAACAGUCUUGUCAUGUCAUUGUGUUUGUUGUGCCCGUGUUUAAAAUAAAAGUACAUAGUGAACAUGUGA